GUAUAACAAAAUGGAUCACACUGUUUCUUCUCUCCAAUGCUUCUUUUUAGUCUUAUGCAUAUCUCUGUCGGUAUGUUCCAACUCGGAAGCUAGCUCCAAAUCAAGAAAGAAACCUAUUUUGAUAAACUUCGGCGACUCCAACUCCGACACUGGAGGAGUUCUCGCCGGCGUUGGACUUCCUAUCGGACUCCCUCAUGGCAUUACCUUCUUCCAUAGAGGCACUGGUCGUCUUGGUGACGGCCGACUCAUCGUUGACUUUUUCUGUGAACAUUUGAAGAUGCCAUUUUUGAGUCCAUACUUGGACUCACUCUCGCCAAAUUUUAAAAGAGGAGUCAACUUCGCUGUUUCCGGAGCCACCGCUCUUCCCAUGUUUUCCUUCCCACUCGCCGUUCAGAUCCGUCAAUAUAUCCGUUUCAAGAAUCGUUCUCAAGAACUUAUCUCUUCCGGGAGAAGAGAUCUUAUUGAUGAUAAUGGGUUUAAAAACGCAUUGUACAUGAUCGACAUCGGACAAAAUGAUCUUCUACAAGCUUUAUACGAUUCAAACUUAACGUAUACAACCGUGGUAGAAAAGAUUCCUCCCAUGCUGCUCGAGAUUAAAAAGGCUAUUCAGACCGUAUAUUUACACGGAGGGAGGAAGUUUUGGGUACAUAACACAGGGCCGUUGGGUUGUGCACCCAAGGAGUUGGCUAUUAACCCGCACAAUGAGUCGGAUCUUGACCCGAUUGGUUGUUUUCGGGUUCAUAACAACGUGGCGAAAACCUUUAACAAAGGACUGUUUAGUCUAGUUAACGAAAUGAGAGCACAACUCAAAGACGCUACCCUUGUCUACGUUGAUAUUUACUCCAUCAAGUACAAACUGUCAGCUGAUUUUAAACAUUACGGAUUUGUGGAUCCAUUAAUGGCUUGUUGCGGUUUUGGAGGAAGGCCUAACAACUACGAUCGUAAAGCCACGUGUGGUCAACCAGGUUCAAGUAUUUGUCCUGAUGUAACCAGAGCGAUUGUAUGGGAUGGGGUUCACUAUACCGAGGCUGCUAACCGGUUUGUUGUUGAUGCGAUUCUAUCAAACCUAUAUACUUACCCCAAAAUUCCUCUUGAUCGAUUUUGGUAGAUCUGAAAGAAAGUAAUCAAUAAAACCGGAUUGGUUAUAAAAUAAUGUUUUUGUAUGUGAAUAUUAAACGUUGUUUAGUUCCAUAGACCAAAUGAGGUCCAAG